GGCAAAAAAUAUAAAGGAAAAAAACUUAUUUCAAAACCCCACUCCCCGCCACACUCACUCACUCACUCACUCUCAUUAUUUUCUCAUCAGGAAAAAGAAACACUUUCGUCUUUUUCUUUUUCCAUUUCCAUUUCCGUUUCUCCCUAAUUACCAAAUCUCAACGAAAACGCCAGAAUUUCUUUUCUGUUUUUGGUUGUUUUUAGGUUUUUAUCCUCCGAUUAAAGGGAAAAAUGCCGAGGGAAAUUAUCACGCUCCAAGUAGGGCAAUGCGGGAAUCAGAUCGGUAUGGAGUUUUGGAAGCAGCUCUGUCUCGAGCAUGGCAUUAGUAAGGACGGAAUUCUUGAAGACUUCGCUACUCAGGGUGGUGACAGGAAAGAUGUAUUCUUCUAUCAAGCUGAUGAUCAACACUAUGUACCACGUGCUUUACUGAUGGAUUUGGAGCCCAGAGUGAUUAAUGGUAUUCAAAAUGGCGAAUACAGAAAUCUUUACAAUCACGAGAAUGUAUUUAUAGCUGAUCAUGGAGGAGGAGCUGGGAAUAAUUGGGCAAGUGGAUAUCAUCAGGGUAAGCAAUAUGAGGAGGAUCUGAUGGACAUGAUUGAUAGAGAGGCAGAUGGAAGCGAUAGCCUUGAGGGGUUUGUUUUGUGCCACUCAAUUGCUGGAGGAACAGGCUCAGGUAUGGGUUCGUACCUGUUGGAAACUUUGAAUGAUCGCUACAGCAAGAAACUUGUCCAGACAUACAGUGUAUUUCCUAACCAAAAUGAGACAAGUGAUGUGGUGGUGCAGCCUUACAACUCCCUCUUGACACUUAAGCGUCUCACGCUGAAUACUGAUUGUGUCGUUGUUCUUGAUAAUACUGCACUUAAUAGAAUUGCUGUGGAGCGCCUUCAUAUUACAACUCCUACUUUUGCACAAACGAACUCUUUAGUUUCCACUGUCAUGUCAGCAAGUACUACAACUUUGCGUUAUCCAGGAUACAUGAACAAUGACUUGGUUGGACUCCUUGCUUCUUUGAUUCCAACUCCAAGAUGCCAUUUCCUGAUGACAGGAUACACACCGCUUACUGUUGAACGUCAGGCUAAUGUGAUUCGUAAGACAACAGUAUUGGAUGUUAUGAGAAGGCUUCUUCAGACAAAGAACAUUAUGGUUUCCUCUUGUGCUCGAACAAAAGAGGCCAGUCAGGCAAAAUAUAUAUCUAUUCUAAACAUUAUACAAGGAGAAGUUGAUCCUACUCAGGUUCAUGAAAGCUUACAGAGAAUUCGUGAAAGAAAGCUAGUUAACUUCAUUGAAUGGGGACCUGCAAGCAUCCAGGUUGCUCUCUCAAGGAAGUCUCCUUAUGUUCAGACUGCUCAUAGGGUCAGUGGUUUAAUGUUAGCCAGUCAUACUGGCAUACGCCACUUAUUUGCCAAAUGUUUGAGCCAGUAUGAGAAGUUGAGGAAGAGGCAAGCCUUUCUGGACAAUUAUAGGAAUCACCCAAUGUUUGCUGACAAUGAUCUUUCAGAAUUUGAUGAAUCUAGAGAUAUAAUUGAGAGUCUUGUGGAUGAGUACAAGGCUUGUGAAUCACCAGACUACAUCAAGUGGGGAAUGGAGGAUCCCGACCAUCUCCUAACAGGGGAUGGAAAUGCUGCUGGAACUGUCGAUCCUAAAUUAGCAGUAUAAAUGAAAAUGGUUGUUCAUCUUCAUCCAUGCAGUGACACAGCAAUUUGAUGUGCGCUCCUCAUAGGAGUAUCAAACAGUAAAGAAGCAAAUGCAAUUUGAUGUGCGCUGGAGUGUAGUUUUCUUGGGGUUUGGUGUUCCAUUUGUUUUGUGCUAGAGAAAUAGGGAGUGGAGAAUGCAGGAAUUACAUUGUAUGUCUCGGAUACAAUUUAUAUAUAUGUAUAGUUUUAGUUCAGGAUACACAGUUGUGUAUUGUUUUGAUUUAGCGGAUUCAAAAAUGAACCAAAAAAAAAA